AUGACGUCGAAGACCUUUUCCUCUACCAAUCUGCCAGUCAAGGCGACCAUCUACCAUGGAGUGGAAGAUAAGAUUCAGCAAGAUUCUGUUGACCUACUCAAAUCCUUGAAGCCGACCGAAGUCCUCUUGAAGAUAACCCAAGCCAGCGUCUGCGGCACCGACAUCCACUACAUCCCAUCGGGCAUUGCGCUGGGCCACGAAGGGGUGGGUGUUGUGGAGGCCGUGCGCGACGCCGUGUCGACACUGAAAGUUGGAGACCGGGUGGGGACCUCAGAUCUUCGCAACUCCUGUGGACACUGCAAGUACUGCUUGACCGGCCGGGAGAUUUGGUGCUACAACCGUGACACCUUUGGCGAGCAGAAUUUCACCACCGGAUAG